CCGAGCCGAACCGGACAGCAUCAAGUCCCUGAACCGCCCGCGGCUGAAGGCGAUGGAGCCGUGAGCCCGACCGAAGCGAACCGAGGGGCGAUGCUGCCGGGUGAAGAAGACUCCUCUACCUUUUCUAUUUCUUCUUCUUUUUCUUCUUCACCCACACGUUCCUGUGCUGUGGAUUGCGCGUGCACGCCGAGCAUGGAGACGAGCUCGUGCACGGCCGGCUGCGGACGUACGCGGAUGGCACGCGCGCUCCCGCCCCUGCUGCUGCUGUUGCACUUCAUCUCUGUGCACGGAGUCGUCAUAGCGACCAACACCACCGAGCUGACCGCCGCCCUCAACGGGACCGCCGCGCAAAGUGAUCAGGACGCUCCGACUGAUGUUAGCCACGCGGUCACCAUGGGAACCGGCCCCGGUGGUUCCAUCAACACUGUGACGCCCAGGGCGGGCCGCGUGGCCCGCGACGGCGGCGGCGCCGAGGAGCAGGAGCUGAGCAGCGGCAUGUUCGGUGAAGCUGCGGUGCCCGAUGUGGGCGGCACCCUCUCGCCAUCCGAGAUCAGCCCCGAUUCGGUCGAGGCGGAGCUCCUGUUGCCUGGCAACCGUCUCCCACCCGAUGUCACGGAGGAGGCGGAGCCUGUGUCGCGUAGCGAGCCGCCGUGGAUCCACACCAAAGACACAGCCGUGUUUGACCUCGACCGACCGUCCACCGCGGCCCCGGCGCCGCCCGCCACCAACGCCGCCCACCCCGACAUCCUCCACGUGGACUUUUUCGAUCCCGCCUCCCGUGGACGUAACCUGGACUUAGGUCCCCGUCCCACCUCAUCCCUGGCCCACGAGCUCCAGGGUGGCGACCCGACGUCCUGGGCCAUGCCUGACAGCUACGACUACCUGACCCCGUACGAUGAAGGGGGGUCGCCCACCGCCGACAAGUACCCCGACACCACCACCGACAAUGGUGGCUCUCCGGCUCGCCCCGCCUCCUUCCUGCCGAACGGGCCGAGGCGCGGGCCCCCGGCCCCCGCCCCCGCCCCCGUGGACGGCUCUGACGGAAUGGGCGGCUGUCGCCCCGGCUAUCAGAUGAUCAACGCCACUUGUCGCUCCCCUUGUGACUUCGACCCCAACUUCUGCUACAAUGGAGGACAGUGUUACCUGCUGGAGGACUCUGGAACAUUCUGCAGGUGCAACGUUCAAGACUACAUCUGGCACAAGGGCGCCCGCUGCGAGGCGGUGGUGACGGAGUUCCAGGUCAUGUGCCUGGCGGUGGGGGCCUCGGCCGUGGUGGUCCUGCUGCUCUUCAUGAUGGUGGUCUGCUUCGCCAAGAAGCUCCACGUACUCAAGACAGAGAAUAAGAAGCUGCGCAGACGCAGUAAGUACCGGCCCACGUCGGAGGCUCACAAUGAUAAUUUCUCGCUGUCCACCAUCGCUGAGGGCUCCCACCCAAACGUAAGGAAACUGUGCGACACCCCUCCUAACGCCCCCCAUGCCCGUGCAUUGGCUUACUAUGAUAACAUUAUCUGUCAGGAUGAUCCCAAUUCCCAGAACAAGCUGGAGGAGCCGUUGAAGGCCCCCCCCAAGGAAGAUGACGCCCUGAACAUCCACAACGCGCUGACGCCCAAACACGACAACCACAAGCUGCUGGGCGACGACGACUCGGAGGUCAACUCCCUGCAGAACAACAUGAUGUGAAAGAAAAAUGCCCUUUUUCACACCGACACACUGACCGCUGCCCGCUGACCCAACCCGCGCCCGCCACGCCGUCCUCCACCACACGGGUUCGCCGAGCAGCCAAGCCGACACUGCCAUCAUGCCCCGCCCCCACACCCAAAUUCAUCAUCCCGUCACCACUUUGUUGCUGUCACUAGACCGCCCCUUACCUCUUCCACCGUUCACGUGUAUACACACACACACACACACACACACACACACACACACACACUCACAAACACUUCCCUGCCUGCAUCGUUGUAUUUUGUAAAAAAGAAAAUUCCGGAAUUCCAGCGUGUGUAAACGUGGUUAAAAAAAAAAAAAAAAAAGAAGCUACUGAGAGGUUUUGGUGUUUGUUGACUAAUCCAGUGAGUGUCUAUAAAUAUUGCAAACAAAUCAGAUCGAUGGAUCGACUUCAAACACGACGUGUCUUGUUUUCUUUGCUGUGAUUUCUAAUCCUUUGAUGUACUUUUACUGUUUUUAUUUUCUACUCUUUCAACCAACGAGAACAACAAACAAGAUU